CUCGCGGGCGGCUGGAGCGUAGCACUCGGCGGAGGCAAGCGAGGCGAGAGGAUGCGGCUCUGGAGCUCUGCGCUGUUCCGGGAGCUGCUGCGGCUCAGCCAGCCCGGUGGGGCCGGAGGCUCCGCGAUCAGGCGACCGCCAGCCCCUUUCGCUGCGGCCGCCUGGGGCGCCGGCUCGCUCCCCAGCCCCGGGCGGCUGCUGCCGCCGCCGCCCCCCGCCCGCAGCGUCUGCACCCGCUCGGAGGGGGCCCUGCAGGAGCCGGGCAAGGGGCCGCCGCUCUCCGCCAGGGCGCCGCCCGCCGACACCGGCAACAACAACAACCACAACGGCGGCCAGGAGCUCGCGGGAGGCGGCGGGGACAAGGCGGAAGCAGAUAAAUGCUGCAGACACGCCGAAAGAAAUCUUGCAGUGGGAAUAAGGGCAAGUAAGAUGAAGCAAGGUCUCUUGCCUAGCUUGGAAGAUUUGCUGUUCUAUACUAUUGCAGAAGGGCAAGAAAAAAUUCCAGUUCAUAAAUUCAUUACUGCACUCAAAUCUACAGGAUUGCGUACAUCUGAUCCACGGUUGAAAGAGUGCAUGGAUAUGUUAAGACUAACUCUUCAAACGACCUCAGAUGGCGUCAUGCUGGACAAAGAUUUGUUUAAAAAGUGUGUACAAAGCAAUAUUGUGUUGCUUACUCAGGCCUUCAGACGAAAGUUCGUCAUUCCAGAUUUUAUGUCGUUUACUUCACACAUUGAUGAGCUGUAUGAAAGUGCUAAAAAACAAUCUGGAGGACAGGUUGCUGACUAUAUUCCACAACUGGCCAAGUUCAGCCCUGAUUUGUGGGGAGUGUCACUUUGCACAGUGGAUGGACAGAGGCAUUCUGUUGGAGAUACCAAAGUCCCCUUUUGUCUUCAGUCCUGUGUAAAGCCUUUGAAAUAUGCUGUUGCUGUUAAUGACCUUGGCACAGAGUAUGUGCACAGAUAUGUUGGUAAAGAGCCUAGUGGAUUAAGAUUCAACAAACUGUUCCUGAAUGAAGAUGACAGGCCUCACAAUCCUAUGGUGAAUGCUGGAGCAAUUGUGAUCACUUCCUUAAUCAAGCAAGGAGCAAAUAAUGCAGAAAAAUUUGACUAUAUGAUGCAGUUUAUGAAUAAUAUGGCUGGUAAUGAGUAUGUUGGAUUCAAUAAUGCCACGUUCCAGUCUGAAAGAGAGAGUGGAGAUCGAAAUUUUGCAAUUGGCUACUACCUGAAAGAAAAGAAGUGUUUUCCAGAAGGCACAGACAUGGUUGCUGUAUUAGAUUUCUACUUUCAGCUGUGUUCUAUUGAAGUGACCUGUGAAUCGGCUAGUGUGAUGGCAGCAACUCUGGCUAAUGGUGGCUUUUGUCCAAUUACUGGUGAAAGAGUACUGAGCCCUGAAUCAGUCCGGAAUACCUUGAGUCUAAUGCAUUCCUGUGGCAUGUAUGACUUCUCAGGACAGUUUGCCUUCCAUGUUGGUCUUCCUGCAAAAUCUGGAGUUGCUGGUGGCAUUCUUCUGGUUGUUCCUAAUGUUAUGGGUCUGAUGUGCUGGUCACCUCCUUUGGACAAAAUGGGCAACAGCGUUAAAGGGAUUCACUUCUGUCAUGAUCUGGUUUCUUUGUGCAAUUUCCAUAAUUAUGAUAACUUGAGGCACUUUGCAAAGAAGCUUGAUCCUCGCAGAGAAGGCGGCGAUCAGCGGGUGAAGUCUGUGAUAAAUCUCUUGUUUGCUGCCUACACUGGGGAUGUAUCUGCACUCCGAAGAUUUGCUUUGUCGGGUAUGGAUAUGGAGCAAAGAGAUUAUGAUUCACGAACAGCAUUGCACGUAGCAGCUGCAGAAGGUCAUGUGGAAGUAAUUAAAUUUUUGCUGGAAGCCUGCAAAGUGAAUCCUUUCCCCAAAGACAGAUGGAAUAACACUCCUAUGGAUGAAGCUUUACAUUUUGGACACCAUGAUGUAUUUAAAAUUCUUCAAGAAUUCCAGAUCCAGUACACACCUCCAGAGGAUUCCAGCAAUGGAAAGGAAAAUCAAACAGUUCAUAAAAAUCUAGAUGGCUUACUCUAACCAUCUUCAGCUAGAUCCCAAGAGUCAACUCACUUACCUAUGCUUUUGUGGAAAAUGAGUAUGAAGAGCGUGUGUAUUUCUGUCUGACAGUGGUGUAUAUUUUACAGAAUAUUUCAUUUAUUUCAGUGUUACAGGAGUUUUCUUCAUGAUACGCAGCAGACAAACCUAAUCGCUCCAAAAAACAAACAAACCCCAAACAACCCCCUGCCCCCCCCGAGAGUCUCCCUCUGUAAUGUGAGCAAUAGUACCUUGUGUUGCGUAUAAUCGAUGUAAAAGAAGUAUUAGCUGUUUAUGGCUUGACUGUGCACUACUUAAUUUAUUUUUGUGUUCUAUGUAUAUCUUCAAACCGUGGUCAGGAAUUUUUCUGCUGAAUUUGCAUUUUUAAACAAAUCUCUUACAGUGUGGUUAAGUGGAACCAUGCUGUUGCCAUGUGCAAGUGUCACUGUGGUUUUGCUAGAUUUCAGGAGUUGAGGAUGCUGGUGUAGAUUUAGCAUGGGUGUGUUGAACAAGGAUCUGCACUUACCUUUUUUUCCCCCUAAAUAAUUUCCCAUGCAACCUUGUUUACAUCAUCACCUUGUCACCUACAUCGAUCGGUCUAUCAGCCCUCACAGAGAGCGUGCCGAUCGCAACGCAUUGUUCAUAUUGUUCUGGUCAGUCCUUCAGCCACCUGUUGGCCAGGUUUGUCAGUAGCACCAGACGCCCGAUGAGCGUAGCACACCGCAGCCCAGAACCCCUGAGCUCAAGCGAUCCACCAGCUUCAGCCUCCCAUGUAGCUAGGAUUAAGGCGUGCGCCAUCUUGACCGGUUGUUUACAUAGUAUAAAUCUCAAAAUAAUAUACUGGUGACAUUUGUCAAUGGUCUGAGCUAAUUGUUCUUAGAGAUGAUUUUUUCAGGGAAUCUAUUUUAAGGUUGGUUUGAUGACCAAAUGGCAUAGAGGAAUAUCACUUGUUUGAUGGUUUUUUUGAGCUGUUUCUUUCAAAUGCCCUUUGUCUAGCCUCUCUCUUCCAUAUUCAGCUGCUGAAGUGCUUUUCCCUUAGUUGGGAAAAGCAAGGUGCUUCCACAGAAUGCAUUUGUUCCUGACAGGCAUACGUGUAUCAUGGGGGGACUUGUAGGCUGCAAAAUAAUUCAUCUCAGUCUUAUGUUUUGUCUUUAGCUGCAACUGCACCAAAAACCUUUUCGGGGGAUGUAAGUGUAUGAAAGGCAAAAUACUAAACCAAAUGUUUGAAAUGAGUUAGGCUCACAAUAAAAAACACUGAUGGCGUGAAACAGCUUAAAGAAGCAUAAAGCUAAUCAAAGCAUGAGCAAGGUUGUGGAUAUGCCAAACUGUGGGUCUAACUCUCUUCUUAUGCUGGCAUAAAUCCUCAAAUCAUUUUGUUGAAGCUUCUGAAGUUACACUGGUGUAAAACAGGUAAGAAAUCAGAAACAGGACCACAAAUCAAGCAGUUCAUUUGUGUGUGAACUGUCGCAUUUGCGCUCUUCACAUGGUAGUCUGUGCCCUACGUACGCCAGUUGUUAGAAAUCUAAAUCCAAAUAUUUGUUCUAUUUUGGGGACCUUUACACUACAUCAGCUUCUUGCCCAAUGCAACAAUAUGUCUGAUUCCUGACACUACAGUAUGAAUGAAGUCACCUUUAAAAAAAAAAAAAAUCUCCUGUAGGAGUAUCCAUUUCACAUUUGUUGGAAGUAGGUGAUAGUCAAGACUCAGACAGUGGAUGGGAAAUGAGACCAUUUGUGGGAACUGCACACAUCUCAAAGAUAUGCCAGUAAUAAUAAUUCAUCCCUAGAUCUCCAGAUGCCCACUUUACAGAUGGUGAAACUGAAGCAUGGAGAAGUCACCCAGCAAGUCAGUGGCAGAGUCAAGGUAUGGAACCCUUGUCUCCUGCAUCCCUCUCCAGUGCUCUAGCCACCAUGCACAUCGCCUCCCCUAAGAAAGAGAAAUCAAAUGGAGGCACUUGAUAUUCAGCACAAGCAGUGGCCUAUCUCAUAAUAAAGAUGCUGUCUUGUAGUAGUUUGAAAGCCUAAACCUCUGAAAUCUGAUUGGUAAAAAUUCUUGCCUGGCAUCCAUCACUCUCUUCCCCCCCCCCCCCCCCCCCAGAUCUGAUAUUACUGCUCUCAAGCUGGUUUUUUGCCUCAAGUCAGUUAUUCACCCGAAGGCCUCAUGCUUUUUUAACCCUCUCCUUUCAUGCCUUGUGUCACAGCCACCCUCCUCCUUAACCAAAAACUGGAUGGGAUUCCCUUUGAACCCUUCUUGGCCAGAUGGGUCACUGUUGAGAGCACAAGGCCCUGGCUCUGCUGCACUCCUACAGAGGAUAAAACCAGGCAAACUAAAUCCCAUGUCUUCUUCUAUAGUAUUCUUAGACCUACCAAAUUGAUCCUAUGGGAGUCAAAUUUCUCAGGUUGGGCUCUGGGGGUACUGAUUAGUCCCAGACUAUGAGACCCAUUCUGUUUGUUAACUGAUCAGAUUUCUAUGUAUAGCUCUCUGGUUUGCUAAGAAAAUGUAUCCUCUGCUGUCUCAGAAAAAAUGUCAGUGAUUUAUUUUGAUGUAAUUGAAAUCAAUCAGGUUUACUUUGCUCAAACACUAACAUUUCCAAAAGGCAGGUACAUGUAUUGAGAAGAUAAAGGAAUUUUAAUUAAAUAGUUUAGAGAUUAUGGCUGUCCCUGCACCUAACGUUUUCCUCCACCCUAUUAAGAGCUUUUAGCUAGAAUUUAGGCACAAACGCAUUUUCGCCAGGAUAGUUUUAGCAUUUUCUCAUUGUACCAGGAGAUAUUAUUUUGCAAAGAUUUGUGCCCAGUGGAAGCAGUGCAUUUAUUUAUAUAUGCAAUUUAUUUAUAAAUAUAUGUAGUUCACUGGUUUGGCUGCUCAUCAUUGCUGGCACUGACAUGUAGAUUCUAAUUUAAAUGGCUUUUGUUGUGUUAUCAAAUGCUGACAUCCUUAUGCUCCAAAGAGUUUUCUGUGUUCUGUCAUAUAUGUGUUUCUUAUGUAUCACAGCAGCUAGAAAUGGUUAUGCUAACUUAAUGCUUUAUACACAGAAAUAUUGUGCUGGUCUUAGUGUUAAUUAUCCCAUCUUUUUGUGAAAAAUGUGAUGUACUGGGCUGAUAACUUUUUAGCUACUGAGCUAGAAUGUCAAUGAGUGUUUUUAUUGAUGCUGUAGGAUCAGCAAUUGUGACAGAUUGGUGUGACAUUAUAGAUUCCUUACUGUGGGGAAUAGACAGUGAUGAAUGUAUUUGCUUUCAGCAAUUUCCCGUAAGUAAAUCUAAAUUUAAAAAUACUUGAGCUGUACUGGUUCUGAAAAUGAAAGAGAUUUAUUUUAAUGAAUAAAAUCCAGGUAUUGUUGCUUUUUACAGCACAAUUAAACAGGAAUACCAAAAAACAGA